AUGAGCGAGAGUCGGACCCAGGGCCCCCCGAAGCGGACCGCUCUUGUCCUGUACGGCUCGGAAACAGGAAACUCGCAAGAAGUGGCCGAAGAGCUUGGAGCGCUGGCCGAGCGCUUACAUUUCGUGACUCAUGUCGCUGAAUUGAAUUCUGUAAAGGCUGAGUUGCUCAAGUCUUUUACUUUUACGAUAUUUGUUGUGUCGACGACCGGCCAGGGUGAGUUUCCUGCGAAUGCUCGGUCAUUUUGGAGAUCCUUGCUUCUGAAGAAGCUCCCGCCUACUUUCUUGAGCGGGGUCAAUUAUGUUUCGUUUGGAUUGGGUGAUAGUUCAUACCCCAAGUUUAAUUGGGCUGCGCGGAAAUUGCACAAGCGUCUACUCCAACUCGGGGCGAAUGAGAUAUAUCCCCGUGGUGAGGCUAAUGCACAACAUCCAGAAGGACUUGAAGGCACAUUCAUUCCAUGGAUUACGGACUUUCGGAGGCACUUGCUGGACAAGUAUCCGCUUCCUGAAGGGCUGCAUCCGAUACCGGAUGAUGUGCAACUGCCGCCUAAAUGGGUUCUGAGAUUGCAAGAACAGGCCACAACAAGUGAAGAGCCUACGGAGCAGACUUCAGUCAGCGAACAGACAGCGUCUGACGAGUAUCCGGGGCUGACUCGGCUGGAUCACGACGUGAGACCCAUCCCGGAUUCAUUGACGGCGACCCUUGUUGAAAACAGACGGGUCACACCACGUACGCAUUGGCAAGAUGUGCGCCAGAUAUCGCUUACGGUCUCUGAGGCGGUCACCUAUGCUCCUGGGGACAUGGUCUGCAUCACCCCGAAGAAUUUUGAUUAUGAUGUCCAAGCACUGAUUGACAUGAUGGGCUGGGGAGAAGCGGCUGACAAGUUGGUAUCGCUGGCUCCUGGCGAAAAGCUUCAAGCAGCAGCGGAGUUGCAUGCUCCGCCAAUCCCUGGUCUUGAGAAGUAUCCCAAGUUGACGCUGCGAGCGCUCCUGACGGACUACAUCGAUAUCAGAGCCAUUCCUCGGCGGUCGUUCUUCUCGGCCAUUGCACACUACACCAGCAACGAGAUGCACAAGGAACGACUCCUCGAGUUUACGAAUCCCGAGUACUUGGAUGAGUUUUGGGACUACACAUCACGGCCGAGGCGAAGCAUUCUGGAGGUCUUGCAUGAGUUUCAUUCUGUCAAGAUCCCAUGGCAGCAUGCGACGGCGGUCUUCCCUGUCCUUCGAGGGAGGCAGUUCAGCAUCGCCAGCGGAGGGGAUUUGAAAACGACAUCCGAUGGGGGAGCGAAAUUCGAGCUGCUGAUCGCCAUUGUAAAGUAUCAAACGGUGAUCAAGCGGAUCCGAGAAGGGGUGUGUACAAGAUACCUGUCUGUGCUUCGGCCAGGCAGUACCCUCCAAGUCCAGCUGCAGCGCGGAGGACUCAACUCCUCCAUCAACCAACUGGUUGGCCCGACUGUCCUUAUCGGACCUGGUACCGGUGUCGCGCCCUUGCGCUCAAUGCUCUGGGAGAAAGCUGCUCUCGUGAAAGCGUUCCGCGAAGAGUAUUCCGAUGUCAGGCCCCCGAUUGGGCCUACGAUUCUUCUCUACGGCGGCCGCAAUCGCGCCGCCGAUUUUUUCUUCGAGAACGAGUGGCAAAAAUUGAGUGACUUGGUCGACUUGCAGGUCUUCACUGCGUUUUCACGAGAUCAGCGACACAAGAUUUAUGUCCAGGAUAUCAUACGACAGAAUUUCGGCCUGUUUUUCAGGCUGCUACACGAUAUGAAUGGCUCGGUGUAUAUCUGUGGUUCAUCGGGGAGAAUGCCGCAGGCAGUCAGGGAGGCCCUCAUUGAAGCAUUUCAGCAUGGAGGGCAGGCCGAUGGACAGCAGGUUGACCGAGGUGGAGCAGAGGAGUAUCUGAUAGGGAUGGAGAAGAGCGGGCGGUAUAAGCAGGAGACUUGUUGCACAAUGAGCGGAUUGCGGAUUCUAGUCCCCGUGAAGAGGGUGAUCGACUAUGCGAUCAAACCCCGAAUCAACAAAACCCAGACAGGCGUCGAAACCGCCGGCGUCAAGCACUCGCUCAACCCCUUCGAUGAGCUCUCGAUCGAGGAGGCCGUCCGCCUCCGCGAGCGCAAAGGCCCCAUGAAAGUCGAAAACAUCCUCGCGCUCUCCGCUGGCGGAGCCAAGUGCGCCGAUACGCUCCGGACAGCGAUGGCCAUGGGCGCGGACCGGGCCUUCCAUGUCGAGGUCCCCGACAGCAACGACGGGGGCAUGGAGCCGCUGACCGUGGCGAAGAUGCUGCAGGCGGUGGUGAAGCAGGAGAACAUCAACCUGGUGCUGCUGGGGAAGCAGGCGAUUGACGGUGACCAGGGGCAGACGGGCCAGAUGCUGGCUGGGUUGCUGGGGUGGCCGCAGGCGACACAGGCGAGCAAGGUCGAGAUCAAGGACGAUAAGGGGACGGUGGAGGUGACUCAUGAGGUGGAUGGGGGUGUUGAGACGCUCCGGGCUCAGUUGCCCUUGGUGAUCACGACGGAUCUGCGGUUGAACGAGCCUCGGUACGCCAGUCUGCCGAACAUCAUGAAGGCGAAGAAGAAGCCGCUUGAGAAGAAGAAGCUGGAGGAUUUUGGGGUUGAGGAUAAGCGGCGGUUGAAGACGCUCAAGGUUACUGAACCUCCUGCGCGCCAGGGCGGCGGUAAGGUGGAGGAUGUUGACGGUCUGAUCGGCAAGCUGAAGGAGCUCGGUGCGCUGUGA